AUCAAAAAGCUAAACAGAUAGAGCAGAGGGUAGGAAGGAAACAGCAAAUAAAAUGGAGGGAAGUGUUAGGGUGAGGUUAAUUUGUAAUAUCUGUGAAGCAGGAAGUCGAAGUCCAUUACUUACCAUUAAAGAAUCAUCAUCGUCAUCAUUAUUAUGGUCACCGAGGUGGUGGAUGAGGAAUGGCAAGGCAAACGGAAAUGGAGUAUCAAAAAAGAGAGGAAUGAGUAGUAUGAUUAAGGCAGAAAGGAAAGAGAGAGAGAGAGAGAUCUCAGAAAUAAGGGUUUGCACGAACCGGACAUGUCGCAGGCAAGGCUCCCUGGAAACCUUAGAAACGCUCUUGGCUCUUGCUCCUCCAAAUCUGACCGUCAAGUCCUGUGGCUGCUUGGGCCGUUGUGGCUCAGGCCCUAACCUAGUGGCUCUACCCAAUCCAGUUAUAGUCGGACACUGUGGUACACCUGCUCGCGCUGCCCACAUCAUGGUCCAAUUAUUAUUAUGCGGUGGAGAUGAUGAUUCAUCGGUGGCCAGGCUGAGUCUGGAAGCUUUAGCAUUGAGCAAGAGUGCCCAGAAUGAGUUCUCACAGGCUAAUUUCUCCCAGGCAGACCUCCUGCUCUCACAGGCCAUCAAUUUAAAACCAUUUGGUGCUAUCCAUAUUUUGUAUUUGGACAGGUCUCGUGCAAGGUUAGCGUUGGGAAAUUAUUCAGGGGCUCUUGAAGAUGCCAGAGAAGCUUUGAAUUUUGCUCCUCACUAUCCUCAGGCUUAUAUCUGCCUGGGUGAUGCUUUCUUAGCUAUGGACCAGUUUGAUUCAGCUGAGAGUUCAUAUUUAACAUCUUUGCAUAUAGAUCCUUCAGUUCGUCAUUCCAAAUCAUUCAAGGGAGGAAAGUUUCAAUGGAAUAAAGAAGCCCAAAAGAGCUUUGAGCUGCUCAAAAGGAAGGUAAUGGAAGCUCUAAUUCUUGUACUUCUAGAUUUCAACAAGUUGUUCGAUGUUGAUGGUGAUGCUUCAGGUGUGGGAAUUGGUGUUGUGCUUAGCCAUGAGGGUAAGCCUAUUGCUUUCUUUAGUGAGAAACUGAAUGAAUGCAAGAAGAAAUAUUCUAUUUACGAUAUAGAGUUUUAUGCCAUUAUUCGUGCAUUUGGAUCAUUGGAGUCAUUAUCUCCUUCCACAUGAGUUUUUACUUCAUUCUGAUCACGAAGCUUUGAAGUAUUUGAAUAGCCAACAGAACUUAAUAGCUAACGUGCAAGGUGGGUUGAAUUUCUUCAAUCCUAUUCUUUCUCUAUCAAACACAAGUCUGGUAAACUGAAUCAAGUGGCUGAUGCAUUAAGUAGAAGGCAUUCUUUUCUAAACACCAUGGAAGUGCAAGUAUUAGGCUUUGAAGUUCUCAAGGAGUUGUAUAAUGAUGAUCCAAACUUUGAUAAAUGUGUGGAAAUGUUGUUCUAAGGGUGCUGUCGAUCAUUUCUUGAAGCAAGGAGGUUUUAUUUUCAAAGGCAACAAAUUGGGCAUCCCUCAAUUUUCUUUGCGAAGGGCAAUUAUUCAAGAAGCUUAUGGAGGAGGUCUUGCUGGACACUUUGGGAGAGACAAAACUCUCUCUUGUACAAGAAAACUUCUAUUGGCCCAAAUUGGCUCAUGGUGUUAUGUGUCUUGUGAGAAGUUGCAGAACCUACCACAUUGCUAAGAGCCAUAGUCAAAACACCUAGUUGUACAUUCCAUUACUUGUUCCCAAGGCUCCAUGGAAGGAUAUCAUCUUAGACUUUAUUUUGGGUUUGCCUCAAACUCAAAGAAACAAGGAUUCUAUUGGUGAUUUGUAUUUCAAAGAGAGAGUCAAGCUUUAUGGCAAAAACUAUCACUUCAGAUCGUGAUUUGAAGUUUGUAAGUCAUUUUGGCGUACUCUUUGGAGGAAGCUUGGACUCUUCUUAUCAUCCACAAACGGAUGGCCAAAUCGAAGUUGUGAAUUGAAGUUUGGAAAAUAUUUUGAGAAGCUUUGUGGGGAAGAACAUUAGACAAUGAGAUCUUCUUUUGGCCCAAGCUAAGUUUACUUAUAUUUGGUCCACUAGCCAAACUACAAAUCAUAGCCCUUUUGAAGUUGUUUAUGGUCUUAAU